AUGCUUCUUCCAUCUCCAACGUCAUCCACCUGCGAGCACUCUAUCCGAGUCUUUUGCAUAAGUUCCCUCCUUAGUCAACGACUGGACCGGCAGCAAGCUGUUUCCAAACCCACCAGGCUGUCGUGCGUGUCGGAGCCACUCGAAGACUCCGCACAUUUACUCACAUUAUCUCGAUCCCCCAAGCCCGUUCAGGCUUACUCUAUGGCGCCCAUUACUUUCGACCAAUUCCGAAACACACUGGCCGCCGCCGCCGCACAGCGCGGUCGCGAUUAUACCAACGUGUAUUCGAUGACCGCUCGAUGGGAGCGUGACGAUACCAACGCGGCUCAAGACUCGGAGCGCUUCCAGAAGAUGUUGAAGGAUUUAGAUCUUUCACCAGCCAUCGAAUUUAUCAUUCCCCACGAUCCGACCACUCCUGUAAACCGUUCUCAGAAAGCACUGUUAGACCUCAUGGAAGAGUGCGAGCCGAAGUCUGCAACCGAACACAACCUGAUGAUCUUUCAUUAUGCCGGCCACGGCAUGAGGAAGGGUGGAUCAUUUACCUUCGCUGAAACCAGAGCAGCGAAGAAAACCCUCGAUGCCGACCACGCUCUGCUCAACAAUAUCAAAGUCUGCUCCGCAGAGCGUAUUGAUGCUUUGAUCAUUCUCGAUUGUUGUUACGCGCACGUAGCGACUCGAGCUCCGAUCAUCCCGAAUCGAAUUGUCGAAGUGAUAGCGGCGACGAGCAUACAGACACCGGCGGCAAGGUCAGCGCCGCACAAUACAUUCACCGUCAAGCUGGCGGGGGAAGUCGCUCGUCGCAGGCGUGCUGGACAUAAGAAUGUGGAGUUUGCCGAUAUUUUCCAAAGCUUGAGGUCGUGCGGGGACAAGGUCAAAUGAGUCGAGCCUUGCCUAGGCAUCAACAGAAAUCACUGGUAUCUGGCAGCUCUAUCGAUAUCAAAGCUAAUUGAAACUUUGAAUAUAUUCAUCACUGUACGUACCGGAGAAGACUAGGACCCCUAUCUCGGCGGGGGAGUAAGUUUCCCUCUUUUUCAAUUUCUUAUCAG